AUGGCUCCACCAAUAGUAUACUACGACUACAUCAUCAUCGGGGGAGGAACUUCCGGCUGUGCACUGGCCGCAACUCUUACAGGAGCAGCCAAUGUCUUGUUGCUUGAAAGAGGUGACUUGCCCUACGGAAACCCCGACAUCACCAACCUCCGUGGCUUCGUUUCCUCUCUGUCCAACACUUCCCCAUCAUCACCUUCUCAGCUCUUCGUCUCCACAGACGGCGUUAUCAACCACCGACCCCGAGUCUUGGGCGGCGGCUCCGCCCUGAACGCCGGAUUCUAUACGCGGGCCAGCAUCGCCUACGUGAACAGAGUUGGGUGGGAUCAAAAACUGGUUAAUGAGUCGUAUGAGUGGGUUGAGAAUAAGGUGGCGUUUGAGCCACCGAUGAUGCAGUGGCAAUCGGCGGUGAAGGAUGGUUUGGUUGAAGCUGGUGUGUUGCCGUACAAUGGUUUUACGUAUGAUCAUGUGCCUGGGACGAAAUGGGGCGGUACAAUUUUUGAUAAAGGCGGUCACCGGCACACUGCCGCCGAUUUGCUGGAGUAUGCUGACCCGACAAGGAUUGUUGUGUAUUUGAAUGCAACAGUGAACCACAUCUUGUUUAAGCUGCAAGGACAAUCAAGACCAAGAGCUUAUGGAGUGUUAUUUAGAGACGCAAAAGGCAACAAGCACAUAGCAUACUUGAACAGGGGCUCCAGCAGUGAGAUCAUUUUAUCAGCUGGUGCACUCGGAAGCCCUCAGCUGUUAAUGCUGAGUGGUGUUGGCCCAAGUGAACAGCUUAAGGCCCACAACAUCGGGGAGGUACUGGACCAGCCCAUGGUGGGUCAGGGGAUGGCUGACAAUCCGAUGAACGCCCUCGUCAUUCCGUCAUCGCGCCCAGUCGAAGUUUCUCUCAUUGAAGUGGUGGGCAUUACUCCGUUUGGUAGCUUCGUUGAAGCGGCAAGUGAUUCAGUUGAAGCCUUUAUUUCCGAUGCACUGACUGCCCCAAAAGUGUUUCUUGAUCAAAGAAUCCCAGAAGCCAUAGCUAAAGUACUUAAUGCAUUCACAAACAGCACCAUUUUUCCAGUUGGAAUCAUCCUUGAAAAGAUCAUGGGUCCCCUCUCUUCCGGUCACCUCGAGCUCCAAACCAACGAUCCAAAAGAUAACCCUAAAGUUACUUUCAACUACUUCCAAGACCCACAGGACUUGCAGAGGUGUGUUCAAGGCAUGGAGACCAUCAUAAAGGUCAUAGAAUCAGAGCCACUCUCAAAGUUCCGCUAUCCUCUGGUCCCAGUGCAAGAUCUGAUCAACUUGAUGCUGAUCUUGCCGGUGAAUUUCAGACCUAGACACGUCGAAGCUACUUACUCAUUGGAGCAGUUCUGUAUAGACACUGUGAUGACCAUAUGGCAUUACCAUGGAGGUUGCCAAGUUGGUAAGGUCAUUGAUCAAGAUUACAGAGUUCUUGGUGUGGAUGCAUUGCGAGUUAUUGAUGGCUCCACAUUUUACGACUCCCCUGGCGCUAAUCCUCAAGCUACUGUUAUGAUGCUUGGAAGGUAUAUGGGGCAGAAAAUUCUUGGUGAAAGGUUUACGGAUGGAAAGAACUAGAAGAUGACUAGCAUAUGCUACUGCAUUGGAGCUUUUUCAUGUACUGGA